UCUGGCUGCUGGGAGGAGGGAUGGGGUCGCCGCCAGGGAGGGGCUCGCGCUGAGGUGGGGGUCGCGGAUCGGGCGGCGCGGGCGGCACCGGUGGAGCGGCGGGACAAGGAGGCUCGCGCCAGCGAGGGAAAGUUGCAAAAAUGUUUCAGAUUCCUGUGGAAAAUCUUGACAACAUCAGGAAGGUGCGGAAAAAGGUAAAAGGCAUUCUUUUGGAUAUCGGGCUCGACAGCUGCAAGGAGUUACUGAAGGACCUUAAAGCCUUUGAUCCAGGAGAGAAGUACUUUUAUAACACAUCAUGGGGAGAUGUUGCUCUCUGGGAACCUUCUGGAAAGAAAGUGAGAUACCGAACAAAACCAUACUGCUGUAGCCUCUGUAAAUACUCGACAAAGGUGCUUACUUCAUUCAGAAACCAUUUACAUCGUUACCACGAAGAUGAACUUGACCAAGAGCUGGUGGUCCCUUGCCCAAACUGUGUAUUUGUGUCUCAACCCAAAGUCGUGGGGAAGCACUUGAGGAUGUUUCACACACCUGCUCGGAAAGUCCAGAACUACACAGUGAAUAUUUUAGGUGAGGCGAAAACAUCUAGGAAUGAUGUUAUAAGUUUUACAUGUUUGAAAUGUAACUUUUCAAACACUCUGUACUACAGCAUGAAGAAGCAUGUGCUGGUUGCCCAUUUCCACCACCUAAUUAAUGGCUACUUUGGCCUGCGGACCGAGGAGGUAGGCGAGCAGUCGAAGGCCAGCAACCCUCUUCCUGCUGAGAAGACGCCACCACCAGACAAGUAUUACUGUAAAAAAUGCAGUGCCAAUGCCAGCAGCCAGGAUGCUUUAAUGUAUCACAUUUUGACAUCAGAUAUACACAGAGACUUGGAGAAUAAGCUUAGAUCUGUGAUUUCAGAACAUAUUAAGAAAGCUGGACUUUUGAAGCAAAUGCACAUUGCUCCAAAACCAGCUGCAAAUUUGGCGGUCCCGCCUAACAACAGCGCUGCCGGCGUUCCAGCCACCCCUCCUUGCUUCCACCUUGCUUUGCCGCAGAGUAGCCAAAGUCAAACCCUAGUUCAGCCUGUCUCCGUGGCCUCGGGCACGUCUGGAGGACUCACCCCCCAGUCCCCCCCUGCCAUCGCCCAGUCCCAGGUGGCGCUCGUCUCCAGCCCGCUGCCAGUGGGUCAGAAUGGCCUGGCUCUGCAGACGCCAGUCCCGCAGCCCGUCUUCAUGUCUCAUGGCGUCCGGCUCAGCCAUCCCGUGAGUCCUGCUGUCCUGCCCCUGAGCCCACCUGUUGGGCCCGUAGCCAACUCUGCUGGGACCGGUGUUCUCCCCAUGAACCAGACUAUUCGCCCAGGGAUUCUACCCCUCAGUCAGCCCGUGAGGCCCCUGAACAGACCUCCUGGGCCUGGAGCUCUCUCGGGGAACAGGCCCACUGGGCCUGGAGUCCUUCCUGUAAGGCACGCAGUUGCCCCUGGGGUUCUCCAGGCUGUCUCACCAGGGGUGCUCUCUGUGGGGCGGACAGUCCCUCCAGCUGUACUCUCUGCAGGCCAGGUGGCUCCUGCAGGGGUUGUUCCUCCAGGACAGACGGCUUCUUCAGGAGUCCUUCCUACUGGCCAAAUGGUCCAAUCGGGUGUGCUCCCCAUUGGCCAGACGGCCCCGUCAGGGGUGCUUCCUGCUGGGCUGACGGUCCCAUCCCGGGUGCUCCCCCCUGGCCAGACUGUUCCAUUGAAGGUCCUCCCCACAGGCCAUAAGGCCACAUCUGGGACGCUCCCUGCAGGCCAGGUGGUCCCAUCGGGGCUGCUUCCUCCGACCCAGGGGGUCUCAUCAGGGGUACUGCCUGUGGGCCAGAGUGUGGGUCCCAGCGUCCUGCAACUCAGCCAGCCUGUUGUAUCAGGCGUUCUUCCGGUGGGCCAGCCUGUGAGGCCUGGUGUCCUGCAGUUUGGCGGCCAGUCUGUUAGUACCAGCCUCCUGCCCAUGAGCCAGCCUGUCAGGCCUGGUACUGCACCGAAUACCACCUUCCUCACCUCAGGCUCCAUCCUCAGGCAGCUCAUCCCCACUGGGAAGGAGGUGAACGGCAUCCCCACAUACACACUGGCUCCAGUCUCGGUCACACUCCCGAUGCCACCAGGGGGUGUCGCGGCCGCUGCCCCACCCCAGAUGCCACUCCAGCUGUUGCAGCCUGGGGCAGCUGGCCUGCCACCACCACCCAUGGUGGUGAGCACCCCUCAGAGCAUGUUUGUUCAGGCCUCGCCGUCCAUGUCUGAGGCGAGCCAGGCCCUCAAGCAGGCCAAGCAGUGGAAGACCUGCCCUGUCUGUAAUGAGCUUUUUCCCUCCAACGUGUACCAGGUGCAUGUGGAGGUGGCACACAAGCAUAGUGAGGCCAAGCCCGUCACUGUCAAGCGGCUCAAGCCAGAGAAACUCGCGGCCUGCGCACCAUUCCUGAAGUGGAUGAAGGAGAAGACUGUCCGAUGUCUGUCCUGCAAAUGCCUCAUCCCAGAGGAUGAGCUCAUCCGCCACUUGCUGACACAUGGCCUGGGGUGCCUGUUCUGCCCCUCCACGUUCCAUGACCUCAGGGGCCUCUCGGAUCACUGCAAGGCCACACACCUGGAGAAGAAGAGGCUGUCUGUGGAUUACAGCAACAGAGGCUUCCAGCUGGAUGUCGACGCCAGCGGCAGCCUGCUCUUUCCUCACAUUGACUUCAUUACCCUCUUGCCGAAGGACGAGCUAGGUGAGCGGGAAGUCUACUUGGCAGUGCUGGCGGGGAUACACUCCAAGGCGCUUGUACCCGUGUACAUUAAGGUACGGCCCCAGACGGAGGGCACCACCAGCAACCCUGGCCGGGAGGUGCUAACCUGCCCUUUCUGCUUUGGCACCUUUGUGACCACGGAGGCAUACGAGGUGCACCUGAAGGAGAGGCACCACAUCACACCAACUGUGCACACGGUCUUGAAGUCGCCAGCAUUCAAGUGCAUCCACUGCUGUGGGGUCUACACCGGAAACAUGACCCUGGCGGCCAUCGCCAUCCACCUGCUGCGGUGCCGGAGCGCUCCGAAGGACAGCAGCUCAGACUUGCAGCUGCAGCCCAGCUUCAUCGACAACAGCGGGCUGCUCCUGGUCAAUGGGGAGGUGAUCCACGAGUCCAGCUUCUCUGUGAAGAGGAAGCUGCCCGACAGCCACGCUGGGGUAGAUGACCCGAGGGCCGGGGAAGAGCAGCCCCUCGUCAUUGAUGCCGACCCCGCACCCGCGCCAGAGAAGGCAGCGAGUGCUAUGCCUUUCAAGAGACAGAAGAAUGAGGGCAGGACAGAUGGACUGCUUAUUAAUGACGACGCGCUUCAGAUCUUAGCAUUGAACCCCAGAAAGUAUGAGGACCGUUCUUACGAGGCGCAGAAACAGUUUCUGAGGGAUUAUUUCCAUAAGAGACCAUAUCCCAGUAAAAAGGAAAUAGAACUGCUGUCGUCACUGUUGUGGGUGUGGAAAAUUGAUGUGGCUUCAUUUUUUGGAAAAAGAAGAUACAUUUGCAUGAAAGCAAUAAAAAAUCACAAACCUUCUGUACUUUUAGGCUUUGAUAUGUCUGAACUUAAAAAUGUAAAACACAAAUUGAACUUUGAGUAUCAACCGCAGAACUUGUAAAAAAUAAAUCUAAACUAGGUAAUUAGCAGUUUUUUCAAUUGAAAUUUAAAAAUGUUAUUUUCCAGACUAGUGUGUUGAACUAAUGAAUUCAGUGGUCUUUAUGCUGCUCUUUAGCUUGUUUCAGGUGCUCAGAAAGACUACUAGGUAAAGAAUAGGUUUUUCACAUUUAUUGUUUCCUGUGGUUUGAUUUUGUAACUUUGUUUUUUAGUUCUUUCCCUGUCAUGUAAAUUGAAUCUUUGAUAUUUCAUGCACGCCUCAUUUUCCCCGUAGUGUCAGUAUCUGAUAAAAACUGAAAUCCAAAAUGCUAUUUGUUUCUUUGCUCAAGGAGAUUUUGCCCAUUUCAGAACGUUGGUUAAUUGCAAAUUAAGGCAUUGUUCUCCCCGAGGGGUCCCCAUGCCGCAGGUGGUGGUGGGUGCUCAGAUGGGUGCCUGCUCCUUCAGGACGCACUACGCUGUAUGCUUUCUUCUCUGUAAAGUAUCUGCUUAUUAGAUUAUCACUUUGAUUUUCCCUUUCAGCUGGUUUUACUAUAACUCAUAGAAAACCAAAUGUUUUCAUUUGUUAAAAUACCUGAACCUGGAGUCUGGUAUAUAGUGCAUAUAUCAAAAGAGUUAUUUUACAAAUAAAGUAAUUCUGUAGAUGCAGAAAUACUUUUCAGUGUAGACAUUUUUCCUCUUUUUGAUAUCGUGAUAAUUUCUCCAUUCAAAGGUAAGACAGUAAAUCUUUAGUGCCUUUAGAAUAAACAUUAAAAAAAAAAAUCUAACUGCUCGUAAACUAGUAAAAGAGAAGGACCAUGUUACUCAGGAAUAAAAUUUUUACCCCUGAGUGUGGUUACCAAUUGAAAUUUAAACGUAGGUUUUCAGGGGACAACCUGAAGUGAGUAGGCCAAGAGGUAAUAAUUCCAUGGUUGGUAUAUCAAUUUUUUGAUGAAGUUUCAUAGAAGUAAAUGGAGUACUAGGGCUUUCCAGUAUCAGGUUGUCCAGGUUAAUGGGACGAUGAACUGGUGGGGUCUCCACUGUAUUCUUUGGAUGGGUAAACCUAGUUUCCUUCACAAAAUAUAAAAUUACUUAAAGCACCAGAGCCAGUAAUGGAGACCAGCCAGCUCAGCCUUCAGUAUGGCAAUAUCAGCAGAGGAGCCUGCUAGCGGAUCUCUAGGCAGAAAUAGUCUGAGUAUUGACUGAGCCUCUGGGAAAUACAGUAAUGUUCUGUGUGAAUUGUAAAACAUAUACAUUUGCAUGUACGGCUAUACUGUGCAUUUCUAAGGCGAUUGUGAAACUCCUCUGUGACGGUCGGCGUCCUGUUAUAAAUUCAGAACGAGAGCUUGUUGAACUUUAUUUUUAACCUAUUGUUUUCAGAGUGUCUAUUUUGAAUUAAAACUUGUUACACCACCACAAAUAGAACUGUUUAAAUUCUUGUAAUGGUUAAAACAUUACUAUGACUAUAUAGGAGUAACCUGAACAUGGAAAGAGAUACCACCUUCAUUUUCUGAAAUACUUUAUUUGCCAUUGUGAAGAUAAGCCCAAAGAAAGGACCAAGAUAAGUGUGGCGAGAGGUCCAUGAAGUUUCUGUAGUGGUCUCCCGGAAGUAUGGGAGGAGGAGGAUAUUGGUGCUGUGAGAUUCGCUUUCUUCUUGGCUGUCCUCAGUGCAAUGUGGAGGGGCCAGGCUGGGCAGCGCCAACAAGGCCACCUCACUGUGUGCCUGCCUCCUACUGUUCACAGUUUGGGCCAGAUGAUGCUUUGUUGUGGGGGACAACGACUCCCCUAUGCAUUGGAGGAUGUUGAGCAGCACCCUUGGCUUUCCCCACUAGAUGUCAGUAGCACCCCCAGUUAUGACAAACAGAAAUGUCUUCAGCCAUUAAUGGUGUUCCCAGGGGGUAGAAUCACCCGGAUGGAACCACUGUAAUACAGGAUUCUGAUUUCUAGUGCUUUUUAGCUGCAGGGCAACUUUGAUGCUGAGUCUUCUAUGCUGGUUACGAAACAAGGUUUUAGGCUUUACAGAUCAAAAUUUGGUAACAGCUGAGUUUAAAAAAGCGCGUGGGAGCUGUUGUAAGUAAGUAAAUUUAUUGCUUGAAAAUGAAAAACUACUGAUUGGUAGUUCAGUGGUGAAGACUUCUUUGGACUGUCAUUGAAAAGAUGGAUAGAAAUCCAGGAGACAGUUCUUAUAUGAUUGUUACAAAAAGCUGUAUACUUAAAAAUCUCUUUAAUCUCCCUAUGUAGGAGCAACUUAAAAUUAUUAUAAAAACAACUUAAAUAUGGCACACUAGUGUCUCUGAAUUCUGUUAUCCUUUUUAAAAUCCUUCUUAGUCUGAGGAUUAUGGUACAGUCCUGUAUUUCUUAGAGUUCACUAAGCAAGGCGACAAUUAGUGACCAUUUACUCUCAGUAAUUGAGAAAGGGAAAAAAACCCAGAACAACCCCAGCUCUCAAACUCUAACCUAGUUUUUACUGGGGGACAAAGUUUCUUUUUAGCAGGUCUUCCUAUUAAGUAAUAAACAUGUAUCAGCUGCUUGCCAAAGCAGAAGUGGGCUGUUUUAAUAAUAAUCAGAAUCCAUCAUACUUAGUGCUUACUGUUGUUCAAUGCACUGUUUCAAGCACGGUAUGCAUUUUAACAUUUAAUCCUCACUACAGUUAUGCAGAGCAAGUGGUAGUAUCCCAUUUUACACAGAGGGAAACUGAGGAAUAGAAAGUCAAUAACUCCCCUAAGUUAGAGUAGGAAAGUGGAACAGCUGCGCUAAGGAUGUGGUGACCUGGCUGUGUGCUCCUGGGUGAUAUGAGAUAUUGCCUCUCUACAUGUAUUAUCCAGUGUAAACCUCAUUGUAGGCAUCAUUUUAGCUACAUUUUAUGGGAUGAAGAAACGGGCUCCAGUUGUGACCAACCAUCCUGGUCUAUUCGGGACUUUGAGUGCUAAAACUGGGAAAGUCCUGAGGAAAUGGACAAGCUGGUCACCCUCAGAGGUCAGUUAAUUUACUUGCUUAAGGUGAUGUGUCACUUAAUGCCACCUCUAGACUUGUACAGUGCUCUCUAGGUAUCAAGAUAUAUAGGGCAUCCUGAUGAACAUCGGAGCCCUGGUGGCGCAGUGGUUAAGACCUAUGGCUGCUGACCAAAAGAUUGGCAGUUAGAAUCCACCAGCUGCUCCUUGGAAACUGUAUGGGGCCGUUCUCUCUCCUAUAGUGUCACUAUGAAUUGGAAUUGAUGGCAGCGGGUUUGGUUUGGUUUUGGUUCGAUGAACAUCAACCAUAACAAGGUAACGUUGGCUAGAAGAGUACUUACCAUGUGCCGAUACCAUUCUAAAUGCUUGUAAUAAAUUCACUGAAUGAUAAUCACAUUAUCAUUUUACUAGUGAGGAAUUCCUGGUUGCAUUAGUGAGAAAAAACCACUAAAGAAACACACAGGGUUUUGUUGUUCAGCACUUAACGAUGUCUCCCAUUUUACUAAGUCCUUAACUUUUAUCACUAAGAAAAAUUCCAUCCAUGAGCUACUGCCAGAAAGUUUCAUUUGCUUAGCUUUAAAAACUGUUAAGCCUAAUUUCAUUUUUAUCUGAUUAUAAUUUCAAUUUUCUCCGACCAAUUUCUUUUUCAUUUGCAAUGAAAGUAAAUAAGCACUAUACAUUCCUAAUUUAAAAGCUUUAGUUUGUAGCACACACCUGUUAACUUGUGCUUUCUAGAAUUUAGAUUCUCUGUUAUGCAGAUGAAGUGACUUGAGUGGUAUGAGCAGUUAACUUGCUCGGCUGCUAAUUGAAAGGUUGGAGGUGGGCACCCACCCAGAGGCACCUUGGAAGAAAGGCCUGGCAAUCUACUUCCCAAAAAUAGCCAUUGAGAACCCUGUGGAGCACAGCUCUACUCUGACAAGCAUGGGGUCACCAGGACUCAGAAUUGACAGCAACUGGUUUGGUUUUGAUUAUGCAGGUAUCAAAUCUCAGCUUUAGGAUUAUUCUAGUUUUUGAUAAUUUGCCCUAAUUACUACUUGGUCUUUAACAUUAUAAGUUAAAAAGAUGAUUUUGGCAAUACAGAUGCUAUGUAGAGAAGCUAUUUUCAUUUCAGUGAAUGUGCCAUAAGAACAUACCAAUUACUUAUGGCAGUACCCAGUACUUGACAGAUACUAAAAGUCGGUUGCCUGUUCUCUUGGGUUCUAAAUUCAGGAGUUUCUUGAUUUGUGACCACCUGAAUAAAAAGCUGAAUGUGUGACUUAGAAGCCGAUGAAUGUUGAGGUCUAGGUUACAUCAGACUUUUCAUACUGUACAGCUACAACGAGUUUACCCACAUCAUCAGCCUCAAAUAUCCAUGGUAAUGACGCACGUUGUGUGCUUAUUCGGGCCUGCGGUCUGGGAGGACCACCGUGUAAGAGAUAAAAAUAAAAUCAAAGCCUUUUGUAUCUGAAAGCGGCCUUUAUGCCCACUGUGUUGUCAGGCUGGAAAAAGAAGAGAGAUCAGAAAUAACAGCAGCCAUUCUCAUAAUAUACGUAAUGCUGGUAAGUUGUAGCAAAGGUUAGUUUUUCCCAGUCUUCUAAAGGAGGUGCUCCCCAAGCCACCUUUAUCCCGCUCAUGAAGUGAUAGGAGCAAAGUGACUGUCUAUUUUUAAACUAAAAAGAAAAUAUAUAGUCCUUUUCAGAAGGGAGGCUUUUCCAAUAAAAAUUUUGCUAGUAUUUAAAUUACAAACCAAAUUUGGGCAACCAUAUAGACAUGUUCGCUGUGUACAAAUUUAAGAUCGUGAGGUCAUACUUUCAAAUAUAAUUUCAGAAUUAGUUGGAAUAAAUCAUUUUCUCUGGAGUUAAUUUCCUACAGUUUACAAUUCAUAAUAUGGAAAAUUUAUAAUGUUAAAUUAUUUACCAUUUACCUAAAAGUAAGCUAUUUCCCAUUCUGCCACCCACCUGUUUUUUCCUUUGUAAACUGUGGACACAAGUCCUUGCCUCAUAGGGACCCUGUGAGGAUGAAGUGAAAAAUGGCACAUGGUUGAAGUGAUGAGUUUAGUUUAUCACUAAAAUGUAGCAAUGUACUUUGUUAACUCAGAAGCAAGAAGUUUUUAUUCUUUGAUAUAUAAAACCAGGAAAACUUUAAUACUUUGUAGUACACAGUAUGUUUUGUUUUGUUGUUAAGAAAACGGCACAGUACACAUCAGGGUAGAGAAACAUACCCAAGCUGCUUGUAACUCCCAGAAUCGCAAACAGGAAUGCACAGGUUAUCAGUAAGCCUCUUUUCUUUCCUUUAAAAAAUUACUCACAUUUACGUAACAACUUAAAAUGGUAAGUAUAACACUCCUUCUUGGCAGCAGACGUGGUUAUUCAACAAGAUGUCCAAUAACCAGCAGUAACUAAGGACAUUUCAUUUGUGGUAGUAACAGCAUUUAGUUGGGCUUUAAUAAUACUCGUCUUAGUAAAAAGCAUGUGUUGCUGUCAGACGACGCUAUUACAUCUCGCUAGCGCCCCAAAGUUUGGGGACUCUGGAUCCUCAUCCUCUGAAGACCCGAGGCCCCCACCUUAGCAUCGUAAUCCCCCUGCAUGUUGGAGGAGCAACCAACCAACCAACCAAACCAAGAUGCAGGAACCACCACUACCCAAUAAAAGCUAUUUCUGCCCAAUGGAUGCUUUCGAGAGAAAAAAAUUGUUAAUAAAUUCAGGAAAAAUAAAAACUUUGUGACAGUUUUCUGUCUGUUAUGAGAGCUCUUGACAACUUGGCCACAGGGCAGUGUGGCCACCUGGGAGUGCCUUCACCGUGUGUAUGAAACCUUUAUUUGGUCAAAGUUUAGUACUCAAAGUACAAAUGUAAAAUUUUUCUCCCUGACAUUGUAUCCGAACAGAAAAUACAGUUCAUAUAAAAUUUCACUGGAUUAAACACAGGUAAGCCUUUAAAAAGGAGGCCUCAUGGCACAAUGGUUAAGAUACUGGGCUGCUAAUCGAAAGGUUACCAGUUCAAACCCACCCAGCUGCUCCACGGGACAAAGAACUGGCAAUCGGUUCCCAUAAAGAUAAGAGUCUUGGAAACCUUCUGGGGCGGUUCUACUCUGUCUUAUAGGGUCGCUGAGUCAGAAUCAACUUGACGGCAUAUAACCACCACAAUCCUUGAAAGUUACUAAAUACGUAAAUGACUAGAGGAUCAAAGGAAAGUGAUAAUAAUAAACUUAAUCUGUGUUAAAAAUCAACGAAAGUCCAUGAGAUUGUUGUUAGAAACAAGAGAAACCCACCCUCACCCUCUGUGCUCCAAAGGAAAUGGCAUGUCUUGAUGGGACUGAUGAUGAUUAGAGCUGUGGCUGUGUUAGAUGCAGGACAACCCACACCCAGAACCGCAGCCCUCAGGCCUCUGCCACUGCAAGAACAUGCAGAGAAUUGGUUCAUCACCACUUGGUGAGUGCUGGUUUUGACCACAAAUGUAAUUUACCAAGCUCCAAUCCAGGAAAGCUGGGUGCUCCCAACUUUGCAUCCCUAGAAGGCUGAAGGCAGCCCCUCUCUGAGGAAGCCCCCACACGGCCCAGAGACAUGGAACCACCGUUUCUGUGAUGUGCAAAGCCCGGCACCUAUCGGAGCAUUUGAAAAGCAACUAAAAUGAUGCGACGGCUUGUUUCAUCUUUAAUGGCCACAUCUAUCACAAGUUCUGAUGUGUUCGCUUUUACAUGUCAGUCCCAUCACCUUCCUGCCAGGCCGCCUCUGUGGAGCAUAGCCCCAGGAAGUCUGCCAGCAUCCCAGGAUACUUUUACAGGAUGCAGUCAAAAAAAUAAAUAAUAAUUUGGCCAUUUGAAGGAAGUAAUUAUAAAGCUUCACUUUUAAUGAACUAAAGGAAAUAUUUUCUGCACAUGGUCAGAUCCUUUCUAUCAAUUUACAAAGGAGCCAGGAACUGCACGCAGACCUCAAUAUAACACCUUUUAAGUUCUGUGGAGAAAUCCUAUAAAAAUAGAGUAUUUUUAUUUUCUAGCCAGCAAGUUGAAAUAGAGAAUACAUUUGUGGGAGAAGAGGAUAAACAAACUCAGAAACAAAAAAGGAGCAGGUAGAAGUAUACAAUUUUUCUUAUUUUACAAUUGGAAUAAAAAUUAAAAAAAUAUUUCCCUGUGGAAAUUGUACUCAUCUCAUCACCGUGUGUCAGUUCUCGCCGCCUCCUGUUACAGCACUUUCCCCAGCCGGUGUCUCAGCAAAGCUCUGCACGGAUGGCCUGCAGGGGAUGCGCAAGGCACACCCAGGAGCUGCUAGAGGGUGACAGCUGGCCCGUGCUCCUCGACACCUCCCGGGGGAAGGGCUAGACUGUGGCGGGGAUCUGCUUUGAGGGAGCUGAGCAGUCUGUGGAUGCUGCCAUUGCCCUCACGCCCUGAGCCACUGAGAGUGAGGUCUCUGUUCAGCCGGUACGCGAGGCUGGCGCCAUUGAUGCGUGUGAGGCUGCCCGGAGGUGCCAGCUGCGUCCGGGGCGCGGGCUGGGGCACCAGAGCGCCCUCGAUGACUAUGUCGGCCUCCUCGUCACUCUCCAUCUCGUCCGGGUGGAAGUUCUGCAGCACGUGCGCGGGCGGCAGGCUGUAAGGGCUGGCUGUGCUGUCCGUGGACUGGCCGGAGCUGCCGGAUGUGCGGCUGCUGCGCACCACGUUGUUCCUCUGGUUGGCGGGCUUGACCGUGAUGAUGAGGUUGUGGCUGUUGGCGAUCAUCAUGUCCGUGGCCUGGUCCAGCGUCUUCCCCGCCACCUCGAUACCGUUCACCUCGAGCACCUCGUCGUUGACAGCCAGCAGCCCAGUGCUCUCUGCCAGGCCGCCGGGCACCAUACGGGAGAUGAAGAUACCCGGGACCUUCUCCAGGCCCUGGGCGGUCACUCGUACGCUGGUGCCGUCCCGAAUGUAGAAUCCCAGUGGCUUCUCGCAGCCGUGCCUGUACAGCCUCACCCUGCGGUGUGUCUCGGGCAGGAUGUCCACAUCGAUAAUGGAAGAGACAGGCCGGAAGUCUCGCGGCAGGCCAAUGGCUGGGGGCGCGCGGCGGCGCAGGCCCUCCUCCCGCAGGGCCGCCAGCACCCGCCUCUUUCUGGACAGGGCGCCUGCCCCGAAGUUGCAACCGUCCGCCUCCUCUGCAAGAGCAAAGAGACAACAGUUAGCGGCGCAGUCACAAGCAGGCAGUGAUGGGGCAGGAAGGAAGGCCAGCUACUGCCAGCCCCUACCCCAGCUCUUGAGCCACCAGGAGCCCUAGCAGGAAGCUGCAGCAAUUAGAAGCCAAAGCCAAAUCGUGUUUCAAGUGACUCUUGCACAGUCACACACAAACACUUAGAAGGGGAACUAUCGACCCAUUUCGUUGUGCCUCACUUUUCCUGGAAAGUCUCAAAUAGCCUCUCACCCACAUUGUAUGACAGAAUUCUGUGUAAACACAUAGGAGUAACUUAAUGAGCUAUCUCGGUAUCUGCAUAGGGUUUUCUAGGCUGUAAUCUUUAUGGAAGCAGAUCGCCAGGUCCUUCUCCCACAGAACUGCUGGGUGGGUUUGAAGGGCCAACCUUUCAGGUAGCAGCUGAGCAUUUAGCCACUAAUGCCACCAGGGUUCCUUAAUUAAAGCUUAAGAAGCAGGAAUAAGAGACUGCAAUAAAGAGAUUAAUAGCCGACUGAUGGUGGCAUGUGACUCAGGAGCUGGAGCACAGACUCAGAGACCCAAAGAGAAUGCAGAAGGCUGGAUCAGAGGGUGUCUCAAGAUUUUACACAAUUGAUUUCUUAAAAGCAAUUUCCCUAGAUAUUUCUUCCAAAUAAGAGACAUGGUUCUCUUCUAGGUUGAUCACAAAUGACAAGAGUCCUUUCCUAAUUUCUUCGUUUCCUCCUAUCUGCAAGCACCAUGAAUUGUAAAGUGUUUGCUAACUAGUAACUCAGUGUAAGGGUAAGAUGUUUCUCAGUACUCCAUAUGGAAAUGUGAGUCAUUCCUGCUGAUGUCUGGUUGUUGUUGGUUGCUGUUGAGCUGAUUCCAACUCAUGGCAACCCCAUGUGUCACAGAAUAGAGCUGCUCCACAGGGUUUUUCUGGCUGUAAUGUUAAUGAAAACAGAUUCCCAGGCCUUUUCUCCUGUAGUACCACCGCCAACCUUCAGGUUUAGGUGUGUUAUCUGAACCAGGCACUGGGUGGGUUCAGUGAGGAAAGCCCAGACGCUCAGGACGGGGAAGGGAUACCCAGUGCCCACACCCCAGUGCAACAUAAUGAAGGUGUGAGGACACAAAAACAACUUGCCUCCCAACCAGGGUGCCUGCUUGGAGUGGCUCAUGUACCUCCCCUCCCCAGUAUGCCCUCUGCUUGCUAAGGACAUGUGGUGAAAUGAGUUCCUUUAUGUGUCCUUUUACCUUGGCUCAUUGGAAAAACAGCUCGGAUGUUUUUUUCCCCUAACCCCUGAAGAGUUACCUUUGCCCCAGUUCUUUGGAGAAACAACUUGGGUGGGGAGGCUCUGAGGUUGUUUUCUACCCCAGAGGGUUUGUUACUUUUGCCAAGGGAAUUUCCUAGGUUGAUUGACAUUUCCUGGGUAAGAUGUAAACAACUUGAUAGUUUGAUGCUUUUGCUUGGUAAUUAAGACUGCAGUUGAUUGACAUCUCAUAGGUAACUGAGGAUUGGUUGAACUCUGGUCUGGUGAGGGAGACCCUGCCUUAUAAGGACUGAGCUAUAUAAAUGGCUGAAAUGCAGAGAUUUUCAGAGGCCUCCUGGUUGAGAGAAAGAUGCUGGCAGAGAGCAGGGCUUGCAGAGAAACAGAGCCAUGUGGGAGCUGGAUGGUCCUGAAGCUGCUACACUGGCUGUGAGCUGGGCCAGUUAGCAGUGGAGAGGCUGAUGAUGGAGAAGCCUGACUGCAUAGAACCCUUAUGGCAGAACACAGGUUGAUCCUGAUCUCAAGUUACAGUUUGUUCCUUAAUAAACUGCAUAACUGUGCCAUCAAGUUGGUUCCAACUCACAGCAACACUAUGUACAACUGAAUGAAACAUUGCCUGGUCCUGCAUCAUCCUCACGAUCUUUGUUAUGCUGGAGCCCACUGCUACAACCACUGUACCAACCCAUCUCAUCAAGGUUCUUCCUCUUUUUUUGUUGAGCCUCUACAUGAUGUCCUUCUCCAGGGACUGAUGCCUCCUGAUAACAUGUCCAAAGUAUGUGAGACAAAGUCUCAUCAUCGUUGCUUCUAAAGAGCAUUCUGGCUAUAUUUCUUCCCAGACAGAUUUCUUCAUUCUUCCGGCAGUCAAUGGUAUAUUCAAUAUUCUUCACCAACACCACAAUUUAAAGGCAUCAAUUCUUCUUCGGUCUUCCUUAUUCACUGUCCAGCUUUCAUAUGCAUAUGAAGUGACUGAAAACACCAUGGCUUGAGUGAGGUGCACCUUAGUCUUCAAGGUGGCAUCUUUACUUCUUAACACUUCAAAGAGGUCUUUUGCAGCAGAUUUGCCCAAUGCAAUGCAUCGUUUGAUUUCUUGACUGUUGCUUCCACAGGUAUUGAUUGUGGAUCCAAGUAAAAUGAAAUCCUUGACAAGUUCAAUCUUUUCUCCAUUUUUCAUGAUGUUGCUUACUGGUCCAGUUGUGAGCAUUUUUGUUUUCUUUAUGUUGUUCCGUAAUCCAUACCGAAGGCUGUGUCUUCGAUCUUCAUCAGUAAGUGCUUCAAGUCCUCUUCAUUUUCUGCAAGCAAGGUUAUGUCAUCUGUAUGCUUUAGGUUGCUAAUGAGUCUUCCUCCAAUCCUGAUGCCCAUUCUUCUUCAUAUAGUCCAGCUUCUCGGAUUAUUUGCUCAGCAGACAGACUAAGUAAGUAUGGUGAAAGGAUACAACCAUGACAUACACCUUUCCUGACUUUAAACAACAAAGUAUCCCCUUGUUCUGUUUGAGCAAUUGUCUUUUGAUCUAUGUACAGGUUCCUCACGAGCACAACUAAGUGUUCUGGAAUUCCCAUUCUUCACAAUGUUAUCCAUAAUUUGUUAUGAUGCACACAGCCAAAUGUCUUUGCAUAGUCAUUAAAACACAGGUAAACAUC